AUGUAUCGGGGCCUCUUCAAGUUCGGCGUGUUCAACGCUGUACAAUCGCAAUGCUACGACACGGUAAUGAACACGGACGAAAACAUGGUAUCUCCUACCGGUAGUGGCAAAACGGUGCUGUUCGAGCUCGCCAUUAUCAAGAUGCUGAAGAAAUCCGCGGUAACAAACGAGAAAGCAAGAUGUGUAUACAUAGCCCCGACCAAGUCCCUUUGCACAGAGAAGUCCGAUUCCUGGCAGAAUAAGUUCACCCCUUUUGGAGCCAAAUGUUCUGAACUUACCGGGGAUACUGUCAACUCCGGCCGCGGUGCAUGGGGUGAUGCGAAGGACGCUACAAUUAUGUGGGGUGGAGAGAAAUGGGACAGCUUAACGCGCAACUGGCAAGACCAUGAAUACAUUCUCUCGCAGAUCCAGCUCUUCCUUAUUGACGAGGUCCAUCUUCUGAAUGAAUCCCGAGGCAGUACGCUGGAGGUUGUCGUCUCUCGCAUGAAGCUGCGCGGGAGCGCCGUCCGGUUCAUGGUUGUAUCGGCGACGGUCCCAAACGUCGUCGAUGUGGCAGAUUGGAUUGGGAACAGCGCUAGCAACGGGCCCGCCACAGUCAAGGAGUUUGGCGAAGAGUUCCGGCCAUGCAAGCUCUCAAGGUUCGUAUACGGCACUCCACGCCGCAGGGACACGAACGACUUCGUUUUCGCCAAGGCCCUCGACUACAGGCUCUACGCCAUCCUGCAGCAGCACUGUCACGAUAAACCAGUGCUCGUGUUUUGCGCCACGCGUAAAGGCGUACUGGUUGCUGCCGAGCACGUACUCAAAGAGUACGAGGAGGCCACAGCUAAGAAAGAGACUCUGCCCUGGUCAAAACCUCCAAGGGUUGAGCACAACUUCGUCAACAAGCAGCUAGACAAGCUCGCAGCAUGGGGCAUUGGCGUACAUCAUGCAGGUCUUACUAGGGAGGAUCGAAGCGCUACUGAAAGACUGUACCUCAAGAAGGCCCUCAAGGUCCUCUUCGCUACGUCGACGUUGGCGGUCGGUGUUAAUCUUCCUGCACACACCGUCAUCAUCAAGGGGGUUAAAUUGUUCCAAAACAACGCCUCGCAAGAGUACUCCGACCUCGACGUCAUGCAGAUGAUAGGACGCGCGGGCCGACCCCAAUUCGACAAGGAGGGUGUCGCGAUUAUUAUGUGCGAGCAGGAGCUGGAAGCCAAGUACAGAGCGCUCGCCCAGGGCCAGACGGUGUUGGAGAGCAGUCUCCACUUCCAUCUCCCGGAGCACCUCAACUCGGAGAUUGCGCUCGGGACCAUCACUGACAUGGCGUCUGCGAAGGACUGGCUCCAUAACUCGUUCUUGUUUCGGCGUCUGCAGAAGAACCCAGGACACUACGACAUCAAGAAGGAGGGAGACAAGUCUUGGGAGGAGAGGAUGGACGACCUCGUUACGGACAGCGUGAAGACGCUCAAGAGCGCGGAGAUGGUGAAGAAUGAGGAAGACGAGGCACUGUCCUCGACGGAGUAUGGGGACAUCAUGAGCAAAUUCUAUAUCAGACAAGCAACCAUGAUUCUUAUCCUGAAACUCUCAGAAAAGGCCACGGUACGAGAGAUCGUCUACAACAAGCUGCGCACACAUAUGGACAUCCGCUACACCAUCAAGAAGAUCGAGAAACCGUCGGACAAAGUGUUCAUCUUGAUACAAGCGAUAUUGGGUGCGAUCAACCUCUCGGAUCCAGAAUACAAAACAGGAGAGACACAGCCGUUCCUCGAGUCCCUUCCUAUCUUGCGUCAUAUAUCCCGAAUCGCGCGGACCGUCGUUGAAGUUGCCGUAAUGCGAAAGGCCGGAAUGCUCGCCAAGAACGCUCUCGAAGUUAUGAGAUGUUUGAAUGCGAAAGCAUGGGAGGAUCGCAGUGUCCUCGCCGAACAUAACAUCACGACGUUUGCGGCGCUGCGAAGAAUGGACCCCGGCCUUAUCGAAUCGUACUUGAACAGGAAGCCACCCUUCGGUCACGAAAUACUCGCCUCCGUCAAUCAACUCCCGCAAUAUGCGGUUCAGAUAACCGAGAUAGACAUCACCCCUCAAAAGGACGGCGUCGAAGUAGAAUUAUCAAUCGACUGUAGUCUGCUCAAAGACGUCAAGGCGACCAAGGCGAAGAAGAACAAGAAACAGAAGCGCUGGGACAUGACUAUGGUGUUGACCUUGACUUCGGACAACGCUUUCGUGGACUUUCGCAGAAUCUCCACGGCGGCUCUCAAGGAGUCUCGGUCGUUUGAAGUCAUGGUGAAGUUGACAAAACCCAGUCAAACCGUUAUCGUCUACAUGACAUCCGCAAGAGAUAUGGAAGGACUUGAAGACAUGCCCGACUUCUGGGAUAUGGGUGAUGAUGAGGAUGCGCCAGGCGAGCACUCUGACGCUAUGCCCGAGAAAGGAUUAUCUGACAAGACCAAAUGCAGACAUCUCUGUUGCCGGGACGGACUGGCCAAGCCUCCCCCAAUAACCAAGAAAAAGAUCGAAAUGCUUAUAGCUGCGGAAUGCUCGUCUCAGUCGGUUUCUAGCACGACCCAGUUCAACGAGGAGAGCCACAAGCCUUCGAAAGCCAAGCCCAAACCGCGGCCCAAGGACAACUCGAAGCCGACUCCACAGUCAGAGCGCUCCUUAAAGCAACUCGAAGCUCUUCACGAACGCAUGGGUGUCGAGAAGAGCCUCCAGCUUGGUGGCGGGAAUCGGAUCAAGUUGAAGCACGGCCUAACCUCUGAGGCGAAACCGGCUCGCAGGCCUGUUCCGAAGUUCGACGUGGAGUUCUCCCAGGUGGCGGAAAAGUCUACCGCGCGCGAACCUCUGGACAUCGAGCUUUCUGAUACUGACUCAGACGACGAUCUUCCUGGCAGCAUUCUUGACGCUCUGAAGAAACCGGCACCUGAGAAGAAACCUGCUUCUUCGGACUCGGCCGACUAUGCAAACUCGGAGUUCGAUGCUCUCAUCGCUGAGCUGCCUCUGGUUGACGGCGUUCAACAAUCUGGAGGCGAAAGACUGGCUAGUGCUUCUGCAGGUCGAACUGGUGCUGGUAAAGCUUCUGCUACAUCUCCCGCUCCUGGCCUGGUCAAUGACGAGGAAGGCUUCACCUUGGACACAAGUCUUUUUGAUAUCAUGCCUUCUACGCCAGUCCUGCAUGAAACCCACUAUGCACCACGGGUCGAGACCUCGCGCGAGUAUUUCGACUGGCAGGCUGGUCGACACACAGCUCCCGCGCACGAAGCUCCCAAAACAACGCUUCAUUCUGACAUGGCCCUAGAACCAGCGAAGGACGAAGAAGCGGUUAUGGACGACCCGCUUGCCGAACUCGAGGCUUGGCUACAGAGCGGUGCCGUCGAGUACGAAGAGUGA